AUGGUUUGCAAGAAGUGCGAAAAGAAACUAUCCAAGGUGGCCGCACCUGAUCCAUUUACGGCUAGCUCGUCCAGUAUCAAGGAUGGCACCCGCAAAGUUGGGGAGAACAAGCUGUUGAGCAGGCCUGGUUCCUCGAAGAAUCGUUUCCAGCCGUACCAAAAUAAAUGCAAAGAUUGUAAACAGCCAUGCACUCAGAACAAAGCGAAGUAUUGCCAUGGUUGCGCCUACAAGAAGGGCCUUUGUGCGAUUUGUGGCAAGCAAAUCCUCGAUACAACAGGCUAUGUCAUGUCAAGCAAGUAA